AUGGCGGUGAUGGCUCUUAAGUGCCCUGAGAUUGAAGUAGCCGUUGUUGAUAUCUCUGAAGCAAAGAUCCAUGCCUGGAACAAUGUUAAGCUUCCUAUAUACGAGCCAGGCUUGGACGAUGUGGUGAAACAAUGCAGAGGGAAAAACCUCUUCUUUAGCACAGACGUGGAGAAGCAUGUCUUUGAGAGUGACAUUGUAUUUCUUUCAGUCAACACUCCAACCAAAACACAAGGUCUUGGUGCUGGCAAAGCUGCUGAUCUUACUUACUGGGAGAGUGCCGCUCGGAUGAUCGCUGAUGUCUCCAAAUCUAGCAAAAUCGUUGUUGAGAAAUCCACUGUUCUUGUGAGAACAGCAGAGGCUAUCGAAAAGAUAUUGACUCAUAACAGCAAAGGCAUAGAGUUUCAGAUUCUCUCUAACCCGGAAUUUCUUGCAGAGGGUACUGCAAUUAAGGACCUUUAUAACCUAGACCGUGUGCUAAUUGGUGGUAGGGAUACUCCUGCAGGGAAAAAGGCCAUUGCAGCAAAUGCAUUCUUGGCUCAGAGGAUAUCAUCUGUCAAUGCAUUGUCAGUUCUAUGUGAGGCAACAUGGGCUGAUGUCAAACAAGUUGCCCAUGCCGUGGGUACGGAUACUAGAAUUGGUCCCAAGUUCUUGAAUGCAAGUGUUGGUUUUGGUGGAUCAUGUUUCCAAAAGGACAUCCUAAAUCUUUUCUAUAUAUGUGAAUGCAACGGCUUGCCCGAGGCAGCUAAUUACUGGAAACAAGUCAUAAAGGUGAACGACUAUCAGAAGGUCCGGUUUGCAAACCGGGUUGUUUCUUCAAUGUUUAACACGGUCUCAGGAAAGAAAAUCGCGAUCCUCGGUUUUGCUUUCAAGAAGGACACAGGUGACACUAGAGAGACUCCAGCCAUUGAUGUUUGUAACAGAUUAGUUGCUGACCAGGCCAAGCUGAGCAUAUACGACCCACAAGUACUUGAAGAGCAGAUCAAGAGAGAUCUUUCCAUGGCUAGGUUUGACUGGGACGACCUGGUUCAUCUUCAACAGAUUAAAGCCGAAGGUAUAUCAGAGCAAGUGAGCGUCGUCUCAGAUGCUUACGAGACAACUAAAGAUGCGCACGGCCUUUGUGUCUUAACCGAGUGGGACGAGUUUACAUCCUUGGACUUGAAGAAAAUCUUUGACAAUAUGCAGAAACCUGCUUUUGUGUUUGAUGGUAGGAACGUUGUUGAUGCAGUGAAGCUGCGUGAGAUUGGGUUUAUCGUCUACUCCAUUGGUAAGCCUCUGUAUUCAUGGCCCAAGGAUAGGCCUUGA